CGGCGCUGUCGCAUAUUGACGCAUGCGUGUGCGCGACAGAGUCCAGGCCGGGUAUCAUGGCGACGUACGUGGACAUCCUGAAGAGCGAGUUUCCAGAGAUCGACACGGAGGUCUUCGCCUACAUAACGGGAGUGUUGCACAGCUGUGGGGGGGACUUUGAGGAUGGGGAGGAGGUGUACGAGGCCGUGGGAGGAGUCCUACAGGAAGUGUCUGCUGACAGCAAAAACGAGGACGACGUCAGAGACAUCUGUCUCCAGAUGUUCAACACGCUCAAACUGAAUAACCAUCAUGGAACUCAGAGGCAGGUGUUGCUGGACGCUCCGGUUCAGCUGUCUCAGAUAUCUGCAGACAGCGUUUGUGCAGCAGAAGAUGUUCAAGGUAUCUGGAUGAUGAAACGUGGUCAGAACACAACGGUGGACGCAAAGAAACUGGAGAAGGCCGAGGCCAAGCUGAAAGCUAAACAUGACCGCCGGAAUGAUAAGGACUAUCAGAAGCCCUCCGCUCCAAUAGUGCUGGAGGAGGCGUCGGCCAGUCAGGCCAGCAGUAAGAAGGAGAACCGAGUCGACCAAUCAGGGAAGAACCGCAGCUACGACAUCCGCAUCGAAAACUUUGAUGUUUCGUUUGGAGAAAGGUGUUUACUUCAGGGGGCGGAGGUGUCUCUGGCGACGGGCCGGCGCUACGGUCUGAUUGGUCGGAACGGUUUGGGGAAGACGACGCUGUUGAAGAUGUUGGCCAGUCGUAGCCUGCGGGUCCCGGCUCACAUCUCCAUCCUCCACGUGGAACAGGAAGUGGCGGGAGACGAGACGCCGGCGCUGCAGAGUGUCCUGUCGAGUGACACGCUGAGAGAAGGGCUGCUGAGCGAGGAGAAGGCGCUGAACACUCGCAUCGCCAACGGAACUGCUGAUGGGUUGGAGAGCGUCAGACUGACGGAGAUCUACGCCAAGCUGGAGGAGAUCGAGGCCGACAAAGCUCCGGCCCGAGCCUCCGUCAUCCUGGCAGGUCUUGGAUUCUCUCCCAAAAUGCAACAGCAGACCACCAAGGAGUUCUCAGGAGGAUGGAGGAUGAGGCUGGCUUUGGCCAGAGCUCUGUUUGGUCGACCUGACCUGCUGCUGCUUGAUGAGCCGACCAACAUGUUGGAUGUCCGAGCCAUUCUGUGGCUGGAGACCUACCUGCAGACGUGGCAGUCCACCAUCUUGGUCGUCUCCCACGACAGAAACUUCCUGAACGCCGUGGUAACAGACAUCAUCCACCUGCACUCCCAGAGGCUGGACAGUUACCGUGGCGACUACGAGAACUUCAUCAAAACCAAAGAGGACAGACUGAAGAACCAGCAGAGAGAGUACGAGGCCCAGCUGCAGUACAGACAGCAUAUACAGGUGUUUAUUGACAGAUUUCGGUACAACGCUAACAGAGCAGCUCAGGUCCAGAGCAAACUGAAACUACUGGAGAGGCUACCUGAAAUGAAACCCCUUGAAAAAGAAACAGAGGUCACUUUAAGGUUUCCUGAUAACUUUGAGAAGUUGUCUCCUCCCAUCCUUCAGUUGGAUGAAGUAGAGUUCUAUUACACUCCAGACCGCCCUCUCUUCUCUGGACUCAACGUGUCAGCUGACCUUGAUUCUCGCAUCUGCAUCGUCGGUGAAAAUGGUGCCGGUAAAACGACCGUCCUCAAACUGCUGAUGGGCGAGUUGACGCCAGUAGGCGGAGUCAGACAAUCUCACAGGAGCCUGAAGAUCGGAUACUUCAGUCAGCAUCAUGUGGACCAGCUGGACCUGAAUGUUUGCUCUGUGGAGCUGCUGCUCAACCGCUUCCCUGGUCGGACGGAGGAGGAGUACCGGCACCAGCUGGGAGGGUACGGCAUCACCGGAGAACUGUCCACCAGGCCGGUGGCCAGUCUGUCAGGAGGACAGAAGAGCAGGGUGGCCUUCGCACAGAUGACCAUGCCAUGUCCAAACUUCUACAUCCUAGAUGAGCCCACCAAUCACCUGGACAUGGAGACCAUCGAGGCUCUGGCUAAAGCUCUCAACAAGUUCAGAGGCGGAGUCAUCCUGGUGUCCCACGACGAGCGUCUGAUCCGGUUGGUGUGUAAGGAGCUGUGGGUUUGUGAAGCCGGGAAAGUCGGACGCAUCGACGGCGGCUUCGACGAGUACCGAGACAUCCUGCAUGAGCAGUUCAGGAAGGAGGGUUACCUGUGAGGCCACGCCCACCAGAGACGGGCCGAGCCCACCACUAACACCGACCCGGCCCCCGUCUUUACCAACAUCCUGUCACGGCAGCCAAUCAGCCGUCAGAGCAGACCGGAGGACGUUUUCUUCUCUGAACUGUCUCACCUGCUGCGAGCUGAUUGGUCGUUUCUGUUCACCUGGUGAGGUCACAGUGAACUCAGGAGGAGGAGGAGUCAUCACCACCCAUUUGGAGUUUAUUUAAAAGAGUAUCGUCACAUUAAGCCUGCUUUCUGUUUUGUAUCAUGGACUCUUUUAUCAGUUUUAAAGGAUCCACCAUUAUAUUCAGAGACUCAACCCUAAUAAAACCAUCAGAUCAUGUGUUCACUUCCUCUUCUUCUACGGCUCCUUUAACUGUGACAGGAAACCACAGUUAGCACCAAUACCGGUUAUUAAAGCGACAUUGACGAGGAUCUUUAUGCAGAAAGGGAAUAGAAUCUUAAUAUCAGAAUCGGUAUGAGUACGCAUACAAGGAAUAUGACUUUGAUUUUCCAUCGCUCUCAUCCUACAAACAUAGAAAUAGACAAACAGAAAACAAGGACAGCAAGUAUAAAUAUAAGUGUGUGUAUGUGUGUGUAUAUAUAUAUAUAUAUAUACACAUACACGUAAUUGUGUACGUAUUAUGUUCAUAUACGUACACAAAAGUACGUAUAUGAACAUAAAAACAACAAUGAAAUGGAAUUAAAAGAGCAGAAUGGCAGUACAACUGUAGAAUGAC